CAGUCCCGGGACGCGGGAUGCUCGGUGCGCUGCCUCACCGCGCCCCAGGCCACUCGCCUGCCUCGCCACCUCGCCCGCCGGUCCCAGAGGUAAGAAGAGCCUUCCGGAAGUGACCCGGCGGGAGCUCGCGCCGCGGGGUCCCCGGCGGCUCCCGGGACCCUUCCGCCCCACCCUCCCCGCCGCCGGAAAGCACUGGUGGACGGGACCGUUCUCUCCACGCACCCGGUCCCCUUCCCUCGCUCCUUGGUGCUCAGCCCCCAGGGACAUGCGUUAAAAAGUGUCGUCUCGGCAUCUCUGAGUCCCGACUUCAACCUGAACUCGGCGCUCUCCUGGCGCAGGUGUGGCCGAGUGUCUGAGGCUGACGGUGGAUUGAUGGGUGUUGAGUCCGAAUAGUUGGGACCCUUGAAGAACAACUUCUGGGAUACUCUGCGUUUCAGAACAGUUCUAAUUUCAGGUGUUUUGAAGAAAAAUUCACCAUUUGGAUGUGAGAAAGGACAUGAGGAGACCAAAGACCUGGGAUUUUGCUGAUCAGAAUGAAACAAAUGUUGAAAGACUUUUCAAAUCUAUUGUUGGUGGUGCUCUGUGACUAUGUUCUUGGAGAAGCUGAAUAUCUCCUUCUUGGGGAACCGGGCCAUGUAGCACUAAGCAACAGGACAGUGUCUGUGGAUUUCCAGUAUUUGGAUGGUGCCAAUGGGACGCUGAGGAAUGUCUCUGUCCUGCUGUUGGAGGCCAACACCAAUCAGACUGUUACCACCAAAUACCUCCUGACCAACCAAUCCCAGGGGACCCUCGAGUUUGAGUGCUUCUACUUCAAGGAGGCCGGCGACUACUGGUUCACGAUGACUCCGGAAGCCACAGACAGCAGCCCUCCGGUCCCCUGGUGGGAGAGGAGCGCCUUUCUGAAGGUGGAAUGGCCUGUCUUUCAUGUUGACCUGAACAGGACAUCCAAGGCGGCUGAAGGCACCUUCCAGGUGGGUCUUUUUACCAGUCAGCCGCUGUGCCUGUUCCCCGUGGACAAGCCCGGCAUCUUGGUGGAUGUCAUCUUCACCAACAGCCUUCCAGAGGCAAGAAUGAGUCAGGGCCAGCCGCUGGAGAUAAGGGCUAGCAAGAGGGCAGAACUCGCUCAAGGCCAGUGGGUUGAGUUUGGCUGUGCACCUGUGGGGCCGGAAGCCUAUGUCACCGUGGUGCUGAAGCUGCUUGGCCGAGACUCGGUCAUUACGUCCACAGGCCCCAUUGACCUGGCCCAGAAGUUUGGAUACGCGCUGGUGAUGGCGCCAGAGCUCACGUGUGAGUCCGGGGUGGAGGUGAGGGUGCUGCCCCCGCCAUGUGUCUUUGUCCAAGGGGUGAUCGCUGUCUUCAAGGAAGCGCCCAGACGCCCUGGGGAAAGGACCAUUCGGCUGGCUGAACACACCCUGACCUUGGGAGAAAGGAGGACAGUAUUCAACUGCACUUUGUUUGACAUGGGGAGGAAUAAAUACUGCUUUGACUUUGGCGUUUCAAACAGAAGCCAGUUUUCCGCAAAGGAGAAGGAGUGCAUGCUAAUUCAGAGAAAUAUAGCUUUCCAGCCAUCCACUCCGUCUCCUUUCCAGCCCCAGGCUCCCGUGAAGUCCAACAACAUCGUGACGGUCACUGGGAUAUCCCUGUGCUUGUUCAUCAUCGUGGCCACCGUGCUCAUCACGCUGUGGCGGAAGCUGGGCCGCGCCCCCAAGUGCAGCACCCCAGUCCGCCACAACUCCCUGCACGCGCCCGGCUGCCGGAAGAACUCGGACGAGGAGAACAUCUGCGAGCUGAGCGAGCCCCGUGGCAGCUUCUCAGAUGCGGGCGACGGGCCGGCGGGGAGCCCCGGGGACCAGGGCAUCCCUCUGACCUACCGGCGGAGCGUGCCGGCGCCCCCCGACGACGAGACCUCGGGCAGCGAGAGCUUCCAGUCCAACGCCCAGAAGAUCAUCCCGCCCCUGUUCAGCUACCGCCUGGCCCAGCAGCAGUUGAAGGAGAUGAAGAAGAAAGGCCUGACGGAGACCACCAAGGUGUACCACGUGUCCCAGAGCCCCCUGACGGACACCGCCAUCGACGCCGCCGUCGCCGCGCCCCCCGGAGGCUCCGAGAGCCCCGAAGAAGCCGCGGCCGGCAAGUUCCGCCUCAAAUCCCCGUUCCUGGAGCAGCCGCCCGCGGUCGGCGCCGGGGACCGGCCCCCCUCCCGGCUGGACCACCCGCUCUCGCCGGCCAGCUGCGCCGUCAGCCCCAGCCAGAGCCUCCUCCGCAAGUCGCAGAUGCGGAGCCACCCCCGGGGGUCCCAUUUCCGGAGGACGGCAAGCUUCCACGAGGCCAGGCAGGCCCGACCGUUCCGGGAGCGGAGCCUGUCCACCCUGACCCCCCGGCAAGCCCCCGCCUACAGCUGCAGGAGCCGGACGUGGGACCAGGCGGGAGAGCGAGUCCGGCCGCCGAGUCGAGGCGCUGCCCUGCUUCCGGAGAAACGGGACCAUUGUCCAGGGGCAGGUGGCACCAGUGGUCCCUUAAGCCCGUUCCCUAAACCCCACACCCUGGGGCAGCCCACGAGGAAACCAGACCUGGGGGAUCGCCAGGCAGGGUUCGUGGCCGGAGGUGAGAGGACGGAGCCUCACCGGGCUCGGAGGGGACCGUCCCCCAGCCACAGGAAUGUCUCAAGGAAGCGGCCUUCCUCCCCGGCCCCCAGAGAUAGCUACCAGAGGGUCAGUCCUCUGAGCCCUUCUCAGGGUCGGAAAGACAAGUGCCAGAGCUUCCCCGCCCACCCGGAGUUCGCCUACUACGACAACACAUCCUUCGGCCUCACUGAGGCAGAGCAGGGGAUGCUGGACCUUCCGGGAUAUUUUGGGUCAAACGAAGAGGAUGAAACCACAAGUACGCUGAGUGUGGAGAAGCUGGUCAUCUAGACCGAGAUCAGCCUGAGACUUCACACAACUGGGGCUCUUUGCCCAGCUCAGGGUUAUCAGCUGCUCACAUUGUUCUGUGGACUGUUUUGUGUAACUAUUUGUACAGCAGGACAGGAUGUGGGGCGGUGGUAACUGACACAGGUGUCCGCGUGUGUUUUAAUUCAUAAGGAAGAAGUUAUUUAUCCGGAGCUUUUCCCUUCGUUAUCUUAUUUCCAUUGGCUUAUUACUACUAACUAUGAUAAUAAAAAUUUAAACAAGAGUGAAA